AUGUCUACUGUCUACUCGCUUGCCUCCGUCCCCCAGGAAGUCCUCGAACAUAUCGCAUUCUUCACGGCUACUGAUUCUUUCCUCGGGCCACCCUCUGGCCUUGCCCCUCUUCUCGCGACAGCUUCCCGCCUUCAUGCCGCAUUAUCUUUCGACUCUAACCCACACCUUUGGGCCCGUAUCUUCGCCGCAAAGUUUGACCUAGACUCCGCCAUUCGUCGUCUGGGAUACCACAACACGACUCCUGUUGCACUCGCACAUGAACUCCGCAAGCGUUGCCAGGUCCUCAAGCGCAUCCGCGCACGCACCGAUGCUCGUGCGCCCGCCGCCGAUCUCAGCUUCGGCCACCGGCGCAUCCUCAGCGAGAUCCUCUGGACUGCGUAUCUCAUGAUGCUCGAGGACGAUGGGAAGAACGAGCGCCAACUUCGCGAGUAUGCCCACAUCGAUGACUGGCUCAAGGAGUACCUCCUCCAUCCUACUGGCGCGUCUCUCAUUCGCUCCUCAGCCAGUGCUGAGAAGUGGCCUGCUCCAUGGGAUGAGCGCACGUCUCUCGCAUUAUGGCUGUUCUGGUUUCUUCUUCGCCCAGAGGAGUUCAUGAUGGACACUCAGGCAUUCCAUGAAGCUGUCGGAGUUCUCAAACUUGUAGCCUUGGGAGCGCAUCAGUAUGCCCUCGGCGCUCCAUCUUGGCGUGAGUUUGAGCCCACUUAUCGGCUCGAGGACGCAUCCCCGGUGACACAUUAUUCCCACCCAUUGCGCAUGCGCCCGCCCGCGAUCGCUGUACCUGCAAUCUUGGCAUACCUCUCACUUGUGCACAAGCUCUCUAUCUCAUGGGACGCCAUGAGUUAUAUGAAGCCACCAAGCCCUAGCCUCCCCAGCGCCAACGCAGGGUCGCGUACGGGGGAAGAGUGGGAUGCAGAAUGGGAACGCGCGGUGCAUGCUACUGUAUCCGAGACUUGGGGCGAUCAGCAAGCGGACGGACAGGCAUACACACCGGGGAGUUUGCAGGGAUCUUGGGAAGGCUUGUUUACGUACACCGAAUUCACGUCAUAUGCUGCUCUUCUCUCCGGCGCCUCGCCUUCUGUACUCGAACGAAGUCUCGUUGCGCAACAUCCACAACUCUGGAAGAUCCGCGAACAUCAUCUCUAUGUAGACGACUAUGAUGAUAGCAGCGGAAUGAGUGUACUAGACCCAGUCGCUGACGCAGAAGCCCCGGUGAGCGCAAGCCCCAAGGCAAGCACAGGCACGCGGAUUCCUCGCGCCGGUUGCGCUCUGUGCGCAUAUAUCCCGAGCGGAACCGAGCUGCAUGAAGGUCCUGACAGUCUCGAAGUCCGAGAACUUGGACAGGAACCGCUCGUCUACGAGAGCUGCUUGACGACGCCCUAUCCUUACCACACCGCACGCUCCACGAACGAAGAGAGCCCUGCCCUGCUUUCCGCGCUCCUAGCAACGGAAGUGCUCGACGAGAUCUCGACAAUAGAAGAUUUUGCCAGCGCAGACCGCUAUGUCGUGAACAAGGGUCUGACCAAUGGCGGGGCCGUCAUCCAGCGCGGGCUCAUCUUCUGGCUGUACCCGACGGGCGAGCACGGGCCCACGCGCACGAUGGAGGACGGGCUAGUUAGGAAGCACGGCGUGCUCAUUACUGCUACGCCGGGUGCGCGGGUGGAAGACAUCAAGGGUGUCAUUCAUUCGGCGCUGAUCGCGGAUACAAUCCAGCAUGUACACAUCCCUGCUCCAGGAGAGUAA